AUGCGAACGCCAAGCCUCAUAAGUAGUCCAGGAAACAGUGGUCGAUGGUUGCCUUCCCCAAGUCCUCUCUCUCAUCAAUUUGAAGCUGAGAGCUUUACUUCUAGCAGGGAUUUACGGAGUGUCAAUCAGGUUUCAAGCCGCAGAGCUAGUUUUAGCUCAAGUUUGAGUGAUGGUGAUCAUUCAUAUCGGCGUGGUGGUGUUGAACAUGCUUAUUCUUUUGUAGGAAUGCAUUGCAUCUUUGAUCAAUGCAAAUCUGCUGUUACUGUUCUGAAGUUUGGCCACAUGAGUUCUGAUCUACUUGCAUAUGGAGCAUCAGAUGGAUCCUUGACAGUUUGCAGUCUCUUGGAAGAGCCUUCUGUCCUCAAACAAUUGACAGGACACUCAAAAGAUGUCACAGAUUUUGACUUCUCGUCAAACAAUCAAUACAUCGCGUCAUCAUCACUUGAUAAGACAAUACGAGUAUGGGAGUUGUCAAGAGGUGUUUGUAUUAGAGUUAUAUAUGGAAUCUCUGCACAGUUUUGUAUCCGUUUUCACCCUGUUAAUAACAAUUUCCUCUUUGCUGGCAAUGCAAACAAGGAAGUCACGGUAACUGCACUACACCUUGUGGCCAACACUGGGAGAAUUAUUAAAAAAUUGCUAUUUGACGGUGAGGUGACAGCUAUGGACCAUGAUCACACUGGCCAAAUCAUUUUCUGUGGGGAUGGGCAGGGAACUGUAUAUUCAGUGAGCAUGGAUUCCCAUACAGGUUCACUAUCCCGGUCUCAUCGCCAUCGUACUAAUCACAAAUCCGCUGUCACAACAGUGCAGUACCGAAGCUUCUCCCUCCUGGCAUCAGGUCCUGUUCUGCUCACAUGUACUCAAGAUGGAAACAUAUGUUUCUUCAGUGUUGCGCUUCAGAUAAAAGGUUACCUGACAUUGCGUUGCUCCUACAAAUUAGCCCCACGAAUACACAGGAUCCAAGCAUCUUUUUGCCCGUUAUUAUCCUUAGAGAAAGGAGAAUACAUAGGUAAUGGUGGAUGCAUAGGUCUCUAG